AAGACAGCAGCACACAAUUGUCAUCACGUGAGGUCACAAUGGUUUCUGAUGGUUUCGACGUCUAAGUGAUUAGAACAGCGAAUGUUUUGAAUUUCUCAAGAAAUUCAAGCAUCUGCAGUGUUCUGCAAACAAAGGUACAAUUCAACGUAUCUGGGAUAUCCUAAAUCAUCUAAUUUGAAAUAUUAUCCAAAAUGACAGAAUAUUGGUUAAUAUCUGCACCAGGAGAUAAAACAUGUCAACAGACAUGGGAAACCAUGAAUAAUUUGACAUCAAAACAACAUUCUUUAUCUGUCAACUAUAAGUUUCAUAUCCCAGACUUAAAGGUGGGAACAUUGGACCAAUUGGUUGGUUUAUCAGAUGAUCUAGGAAAACUCGAUGCUUAUGUUGAACAAGUAACACGUAAGGUGGCAACAUAUCUGGGAGAAGUUUUAGAAGAUCAGAGAGAUAAGCUCCAUGAAAAUCUUUUGGCUAACAAUAGUCAAACGUCAGUGGAUGGGGAGAGCUCGAGCCCCGAAGGGGGUCCGGACACCCCGCCAAACACCCCCGUCACCCCAUCACACAAGUCUUCAAAGGAGCAUCACAAGCAGUGGAAGGAAUCGGAGAAAUGUGAUCCAGAACCAGCCGCCUGUUUAGGUCAGCAUCAUCACCAGCGUCAUCAUCAUGAGCAUCAUCAUAGUCAUAAACAUCAUAGUCAUCCUUCUGAUAUGGAAAAGAAAUCACAUAGUCCUCAAGGCAUCUGUGAUGUCAAAUCAUCAAGUGAUCCUUUAUCAGCAUAUUCAUGCUACCAUGCGCAUUGGUGCGCUGCUUCUACCUCUUCCACACCUAUUCCUAGUCCUACUCCCACGAGUCCAAGUCUUUCCCUUUCAUCAAACUGUAGCAGUGAAGGAGAAACCAGAUGGCAGUCGGCAACACGUCAUCGGACUACUGAGAAAGCAGAUCGAUCUACCUCCAAUCGCAAAUCGCUUGGCAAUGACGACGACGAAGACGAUGCGGACCAAAACAACGACCAAGACCAAGACCAAGACCAUAGCGGCAAUUUGCCCAAUCCAGGUGAUCUACCAUCAUAUAUAACUCGAUUCCAGUGGGAUAUGGCAAAAUAUCCUAUCAAGCAAUCAUUGAGAAAUAUUGCUGACAUUAUCAGUAAACAAGUGGGCCAAAUUGAUGCAGAUCUUAAAACUAAAUCUACAACAUAUAAUAAUUUGAAGGGAAGUUUACAAAAUCUUGAAAAGAAACAAACAGGAAGCUUAUUAACAAGAAAUUUGGCAGAUUUAGUGAAGAAAGAACAUUUUAUUUUGGAUAGCGAGUAUUUGACUACUUUACUUGUAAUUGUCCCAAGAGCAUAUUUCCAGGAGUGGUACAGUGGAUAUGAAAAAUUAACAAAAAUGAUAGUUCCACGUACUACACAACUUAUUGCUCAAGAUUCUGAGUAUGGAUUAUUCACUGUUACUUUGUUUAAAAAAGUUAUUGAUGAAUUUAAAUUACAUGCACGUGAAAAAAAAUUCAUUGUUCGCGAUUUUACAUACAAUGAAGAAGAACUAGCCGCAGGAAAGAAUGAGAUAACAAAAUUGGUAACUGAUAAAAAGAAACAAUUUGGACCUCUUGUACGUUGGUUAAAAGUUAACUUUAGUGAGUGUUUCUGUGCAUGGAUUCAUGUUAAAGCUUUACGCGUAUUUGUAGAAUCUGUCCUAAGGUAUGGAUUACCUGUAAAUUUCCAAGCAAUAUUGUUACAUCCUCAUAAAAGAUGUGCAAGACGACUACGUGAUGUUCUGAAUCAACAUUAUGCUCAUUUAGAUUCCUCUGCUACGGCAUCAUCUGCUACGCAGGGAAAUCAAGAUAAUGUGGAUAUACCAGGAUUAGGUUUUGGCCAAAAUGAUUAUUUUCCUUACGUGUAUUAUAAAAUCAACGUAGAUAUGGUCGACAGUAAGGUCUAACUAUUGAAGCUGAGUCUAUUUUCUUAUAUUUUAAAUAUCAUUUCAUUUACAUAAAACAUACUUCUGUAACUCCAGGUACUUAAAACAGGUGCGUACAAAGUAAUAUUGUGUAUUUGCAUAAACUUUGUUAUUUUGCAUUUUCUAAAACUUUAUUGAUUUUGAUUGUUGAUGUAAAUAUAAUUAUCGUCGAUUCACUUCCAGGAGUAAUCCAAAUAUUUACUCAAAAAUGAUAUUUUUAUAGUACAUCAAAAUACCUGGAAAGAUGUAUGUACUUUGAUAUUAGCUCAAUAUUAACUAUGCAUAAUAGAAUGUACAAUGAUUUGUAUAAAUGUUAACAGAUACAUUUGAAUACAUGUUGCAAAUUUUCUUUUCUUUUUAAACAGGCUAUAUUUGAUUGAACAAGAGACAAAUCAGACUCAUAAAAUAAUUAUUUCUUUGAAAUUAUAGCUUUAAGAAAAAAUGAAAGAUUAUUAUAAGAAUUAUAAUAAUCACGUGUUGCUUAAAAUGCCUGUAUAAAUGUAUCAAAAUUUUCACAAUUAAACAUAGCACAACCUAUUUUACAUAGUACUAUAUAAAGAGCAAAAGUAUCGUGUCAGAACAGAAAUUCUGCAAUAUAGAGCUGUAUUAUGUUAUGUAUUGUUUAAAAUUAAGAUCAUUGUGAAUAUUGUUAUGAACAAGAAAGUUCACCUUGUUAUAAAAACAUUAACUUGUCAUAAUAUUUGUUUUGAUUCAAAUGCUUUUACCACAUACAUUCAAUAGGUCUUCAUAAUGCAUGUAGUAUGUGACAUUUAGUAAAAUAUUAUAUUAUUAUAUUAUUCAAACGUUAAGAUAUUGUAAAUUUAUUUCAUUAAAUAUAUUAAAAACUAAUGUUUUAACAAUGUUUUACAGAGUAUACUAGAUACGUGCUAAUGUAUCAGUGUUACUACUUAUUAAAAACUAAAAAACAUCGAAACAUUAGUUGAAUUCUUAAAGUAUUAUCAUUAAUAUUAUGUUUCAAGUUUUAAUAAUUUAAUGAUAAAUUCAAUUAAUUCAAUUUUAUGAUAAAUUCAGUAUAACAAUUUUCAAUUUAAGUAUUAAAUAUUGAAUUGAAGGCUGCACAAAAGUGAAAAAUUAUGUAAGAAAUCGCUAUGGUGCAUAUUCUUUAAGCAGAUUGUAUUAUAAAUACUUUGUGUAUAGAAACUGUGCUUUGCAAUAUUAUUUUAAUAUGCUGCUUAAAUCUUAUUUUCUUUGAAAUUGUAUUUUUAAUACAACGACAUAAACUAAACUGUAUGUUCAAUUUUAUUCUGUACAUACAUUUUUAAAAUAGAAUAAGUUACAGGUAUAAUAUUGUUUCUGAUUUGAGCAACAUAUGUUAAUCUAUGGGAAGAUAAUUUAGUUUCUCUUCGAAAAAUUAAUCAUUAAUAUAUCUGUAUUUUAAAACGCAUCUGUAUUUCAAACUGUAAAUUAUUAUAUAAUUGAUGAUAAGAUGUUAAAAAUAAAUAAAAUGUUACUGUCACCAAUUAAAUUUUAUAAAAAAAAGAUUUCCUAUGCGUUAAAUAAUGAAAAUAUUCUAUAUAUUAAAAAUGUUACAUAUAUUGUACUGAUUAUUCUGAAAAUGUAUUAUUUUAUAUAUCCCAAAAUCAAUUACAAUAUUAUAUUUAUAAUGUAUAAUUUUAUAGUUUCAAUUGUAAAAACAUUUCAGUCAUAGUAACGACAAUAUUAGCUGAAUAGUAACUGUAUGUUAAACCAGAAAAUAAAUGAAUUCUCAUGUGAUCAAGAAA